AUGGCUGAUUAUGAGCGCCGGAAUCAUGGCCCCCGGGGUGGUGGUGGUGGGCGCAAGCGCCGCUACAGAGACGAUGACGAUUUUGAUCGUCGCCCUCAGAGACGCAGAUACGAAGAGCCUUUGUUUGUUCAGGUCCGCCGUCAACUGCUGGCAAUCGCUGAAUCCGCAGCCCGAAAAGUGGAAGAUGAUAUUAUGGGAAUCGCGAAGUCAGUCGCGGAGAACUUUGAUGAUGAGGAGUUGCGCGACACCUUUGUUAACAUUUCCUUGGACCUUGUCCAGGAACAACCGAUGAAAAUCCCAUUCGUGGCGGCAACAACUUUGGUCGCCUACAACCUCAAGGCUGAACUGGGUGCGGAGGUGCUGCAGAAAGCAGGCGAGAUCCUGCAGAAACACAUUGACUCGGGGUCAUGGCGAGAGGUGAAGCUUGUCCUUCGCUUUUUGGGAGGCUUGCAGCCUCUUUUUGAGGGCGAUGGUAUCUUUUCGCUGCUGGAAGAGCUCUUCGCUCGCGCGGUUGAUCUCCAGACGGCAUCCUCGGAAGACCUACUCGGUCUGGAGCUUGUCAAGGUCAUCCUGUUCACUAUUCCUUAUGUGAUGUCCUCUCCUGCGACGGGCUUCGAGACUCAGGCUAUGGGACUCCUUGAGAAAACGGACAUUAUUGCAUCUACGCCGCACGCAUUGGUGGACUUGGUGAAUACGUUUAGCCCGGAAGAGAACAAAGAAGCCGCUGGACCCAGUGUGAUUAGUCUUCUGCAAAGUCAACUACAAGGCGAGGCUAGCCGGGGCUGGGAGUUGAAGUGUCUCCCCCGUCCCUGGAAGGGCGUCCAGGAAAUGGAGCAGGAUGAACAGGAUCUGGGUCAGAAGUUCUUCGAGCCGGUGAACAAGGUUUCAUUCCCACAAAUAAAUGUUCCUAACCCGGUCCAGAACGGAUCCCGGCCUCUCUUCCCCGAGGUUUACAUUUCAGUGUAUGCCAAUCAAGAGAUUGAUACGGUGCCUCCACCUUCGGAUGUCACGUCGUUGCUGCUGAGAGAUGCUUUGGUGGAUACCAUCAAUCUCCUCGACUUCAACCGCGUUGCUACGGCCAAGUAUUUGAUUGACGUGGAUUGUUACUUUACCCCGGACACCUUCGUCAAGCGUGCCACGCCCUUUGACCGGAUGCGUGAUCUUGCUGGUCAGGGUCAGGCUUGGAAGCCUGAGGACGUUGCGGUGGAUGCCGUGUUCUCCCAACUGUAUCAGCUUCCCACCCCUGAGCAUAAGCUCGUUUAUUACCAUGCUCUUUUGACCGAAUGCUGCAAGAUUGGCCCUGCUGCUAUCGCACCUAGCUUGGGUCGUGCUAUUCGGUUCUUGUAUAACAGCCUAGAGACCAUGGAUCUGGAACUGAGCAACCGAUUCUUAGAUUGGUUUGCUCACCAUUUGAGCAACUUUGGAUUCACAUGGAAAUGGAGCGAGUGGGUGGACGAUCUUGACCUUCCUGCUAUUCAUCCCAAGCUGGCCUUCAUCCACGGUGCUUUGGACAAGGAGAUUCGACUCAGCUUUGCGCAGCGCAUUAAGGGCACUUUGCUGGAGCCUUAUCUUCCCUUGAUCACCGAGGAGAAGGAGAAGGAUACCCCUGAGUUCAAAUAUUUCUCGGAAAUGACCCCGUACUCCAAAGAAGGACAGGAGAUCAUGCAGCUCAUUCGAAAGAAAGCGGAUGACGCGGAAAUUGAGCCACUGAUUGCGGCGAUUGAGGAACAGGCACAAAGUCUGGGGGUGGAGGACCCCAAGGUCCCUUCAACGGAUGCCUUGAUGACCUCCAUCUGCUUUGUGGGGUCCAAGUCCCUCUCUCACGUCCUCUCUUGCAUUGAACGGAACAAGGAGCGGCUCUUGGCCAUUGGGCCAGUCUCGCAGCGGGCCCGAUGCCAAAUUAUUGCCUCCGUUAUGGAGUACUGGGCUGAUCAGCCCGGCAUCGCCAUCAACAUCAUCGACAAACUCCUCAAUUACACCAUCAUCACCCCCUAUUCCGUCCUGGAAUGGGCGCUUUCGGAGUCUCUGGAGGCCGGAGCGGUGCUAGCCAAGGCCCAUGUCUUUGAGAUGAUCUCCGCUACCGUCGGAAAGGUUACCAAUCGCAUGCGUCAGAUCGUCGUGGCUCGUACCCAGCCUGGCUUGUACGAGCCACAGCUGAGUGUGCUAGAGGAGACACUGUCUCGUGAGCGGGGGGAGAUGCAGACGCUAUUCAGGUUCAUUGAGGACUCAAUUGUGUCAGUGGCUGCAGGCAGCAACGACGAGCUAAUGGAGCGCGGUGAUGGUAGCGGCGAUCUGCCUGAAGACGCUCUCAUCCGCCAAUGGGGUCGUCGCUGGCUUCGUGUGUUCCGACGUAAGGUUGCCGUGGAAGAAGCCUUCAUCAUGGAUUCUCUAGCCCACGCCACUCCGGUGGGCACCGUGAUCCCCAUGCAGGAUGCUGGCGAUAAUGGAGACACUCAGAUUACUAAUGCAGAUGGGCAAUAG